AUGACUGAAACGCACUGGGACCCUGGCAACCUCCUCCAGAUCACCGAGCCAGAGAGGGAUUUUGAAAUCCAGUGUGUGGGCAGAAACAAGUACGACUCCCGAUGUCGAUGGACCAAGAGCGGCGACGAUGCGACCGCCAUCCGGUCCAUGGUGAGGCGGCUGGCGGCACAGCCGCCCAGCAAAGCGACAAACCAAGACCUGGAGAGCCUUGCCCAGCUUUGUCUUUGCGAACGCUUCCACUCUAAUCAAUGGCUCCAACUCACUAGGCGCUGGAAGUCCGUCGUGGCCACGGCGGUCACACACCACGAGAAACUACUAUCAAAGCCAAACGGUGUCGGGGACAAGGCUCAGCUGGAGAAGCUGCUCGUCGAGCGGCGGAAGUGCCUUGAGAUCUUAGGUGUCCAGGUGAACGAGCCGGAUCUGGUGGGGAAGCUGAGAGUCUAUGUCUCCCACAACGAGAGCGAGAGGCGCGAAAACGAGGCAAGAGCAGUACAGCUGCAAAGCGACCUUGCCGCGGCUCAUGCCAACGUCCAAAGUCGGUUACAGGCUCUGGAGGAGGAACUCAAGGAGGCCAGACUCAGGGAGGUUGCGCUGGCCGAGGAGCACCGUGCGGAAUUGGAUCAGGUCGGGGAGACCGCCAUCGCCGAGAUCAGUCGCCUCGGAGAACUGCUUGGCAUGACGGCAAAGACCCAGAUUACCCGUCUAGGUGAGCAGUUCCGCAUGUGCACUCUGAAGCUGCUCAGGGAGACGGAGGAUAACUGGAAGCGUCGUGUGGCGAGAGUAGUUGAGGAGAAGGCUGCUCUCUCGCGCCUGCUGGAGGAAGCGAAGAUCAGGACCAAAGACCUUGAAGAAGCCAUGGAAGGACUGGAGCAUCAGGUAUCGGAGACGAAGACAAGGAGUGAUCAUCAGUUGGAGGAGGAGAAGGACAGGACGAGGCGAAUGGAGGAGGCAAACCAAGAUCUCGAGGCCCGAUUAUCGGCAGCCAAUGCCGAGGCCGAGCGCUUGCUAGACGAGGCAAAGGCAAAGUACACGAUGCUUGUGGAGGCACAAGAAAAGUUGAAGCGACAGCUAUCGGAGGCAGAGGCCGAAGCAGCCAAGCGCGCGGCCGAAGCGAACAAGGCUAACCGGGCCAACGAAGCGCUGGCCCAGGAGAACGCUGAUACUCUCGAGCAGGUUCGUCGUCUCGAGACUGACCUGGCCACCUCUGAGGCCGAGAUUCGACACCUCCAUGAAGACCGUCGGAGUCUCGAAAGAGGACUGCUACAAUCACAAUCUGACACGCAAGCCCUCCGCUCGACCAACUCCCACCUCACAGCCGAGGCGGCAGCUCUGCGCGCCCAGAUAACCGCCCUUGAAUCCACCCUCUCCAAAACCCUGCGCCACCGGCUCCGCGCCUGG